UAGCACCCUUCGCAGGGCGCCAGACCGGGUCCCGGCGUCCGGCAGCUACACAGCUGUGGUCUGUCACUGCGGAGGUCCCAGCCUUCGCGGGCCGGGGCCUCCGCCGCCCCGGCAGGACGGGGAGAAGGACCAUGGCGUCCUGCGUGGGGAGCCGUACUCUGAGCAAGGAUGAUGUGAACUACAGGAUGCAUUUCCGCAUGAUCAACGAGCAGCAAGUGGAGGACAUCACCAUAGACUUCUUCUAUCGGCCGCACACUAUCACCCUGCUCAGCUUCACCAUCAUCAGCCUCAUGUACUUCGCCUUCACCAGGGACGACUCUGUUCCAGAAGACAACAUCUGGAGAGGCAUCCUCUCGGUUAUUUUCUUCUUUCUCAUCAUCAGCGUGUUAGCGUUCCCCAAUGGCCCAUUUACUCGACCUCAUCCAGCCUUAUGGAGAAUGGUUUUUGGCCUCAGUGUGCUGUACUUCCUCUUCUUGGUAUUUCUCCUUUUCCUGAACUUCGAGCAGGUUAAAUCCCUAAUGUAUUGGCUAGAUCCCAAUCUUCGAUAUGCCACAAGAGAAGCGGACAUCAUGGAAUAUGCUGUGAAUUGCCACGUGAUCACCUGGGAGAGGAUCGUCAGUCACUUUGAUAUAUUUGCAUUUGGGCAUUUCUGGGGCUGGGCCAUGAAGGCCUUGUUGAUUCGUAGUUAUGGGCUCUGCUGGACAAUCAGCAUCACCUGGGAGCUGACAGAGCUUUUCUUCAUGCAUCUGCUGCCCAACUUUGCUGAGUGCUGGUGGGACCAGGUCAUUCUGGACAUCCUGUUGUGUAAUGGUGGUGGCAUCUGGCUGGGCAUGGUUGUUUGCCGAUUUUUGGAGAUGAGAACUUACCACUGGGCAAGCUUCAAGGACAUCCAUACCACCACAGGGAAGAUCAAACGUGCUGUGUUGCAGUUCACCCCUGCUAGCUGGACUUACGUCAGGUGGUUUGACCCUAAGUCUUCCUUUCAGAGAGUGGCUGGGAUAUACCUAUUCAUGAUCAUCUGGCAGCUGACUGAGUUGAAUACCUUCUUCUUGAAGCACAUCUUUGUGUUCCAAGCCAGCCAUCCUUUAAGCUGGUGUAGAAUUCUCUUCAUCGGCUGCAUUACAGCUCCUACAGUGAGACAGUACUAUGCUUACCUCACUGACACGCAGUGCAAGCGCGUAGGGACACAGUGCUGGGUGUUUGGGGUCAUUGGUUUCUUGGAAGCUAUUGUUUGCAUAAAAUUUGGACAAGAUCUCUUCUCUAAGACCCAGAUACUCUACGUUGUAUUUUGGCUUCUUUGUGUGGCCUUCACCACGUUCCUGUGUCUGUACGGCAUGGUUUGGUAUGCAGAGCACUAUGGCCACCGGGAAAAGACCUACUCAGAGUGUGAAGAUGGUACUUACAGUCCAGAGAUCUCCUGGCAUCAUGGGAAAGGCUCAAAAGGUUCUGAAGACAGCCCACCCAAGCAUUCAAGCAACAAUGAAAGCCAUUCUUCCCGAAGAAGGAACCGGCAUUCCAAGUCCAAAGUCACCAAUGGAGUUGGAAAGAAAUGAAGGAAUCUAGUUAAUCUCAGAUGUUCCAGAGAGUGCCUAGACAUGAGAGGGCAACAAAACACACUCAGACCUUCCUAUGUGGAGAUCAAAAUGUACAGAACUUACAGAAGGAACAGAAGGGACUUUGGGGAUCAUGAUUUGAGAGUGUAAGUCUUGUCUCCCAUUGCCCUGAACACACAUUAGACUGGCCAUGGCUUGGGGUACUUUGCCUACAGGAGGUGUCUUCUAACUUCAGCACAUGCCGUGUGGUUGCUGAUCUCUAUACAGUGUGCUGGGAGGACAGGAUAGCUGUUUGCUCCUGGUUGCCAGCAAUGGCUCUAUGCUCAUGUGUCUUGUGGACGCUGUAUAAAUAACUUCGUUCAGAUGCCGACUUAACCAACUAGUUAAUGAACUGCUCACUGGGUUUUAUUUUUAUGAAUCUGCCUUUCCAUUUGACUGAUUAAGUUCAUUUUGCUUUUUUAUCUUUUAUUUCAUGUUUCAAGUUAGAAUGCUUAAAAGCUUCCAGAAUCCACUACUGAGAUUAGGGUUCCUUCUAGAGAAAGGGUGGGGAAAGCUUUUGUGUCCCUGCUUAGCAUCCUCAGUCCCUAGCCACAUGACAGCAGUCUAAGUUUGAAGGAGGCUGACUGCUUGCACUGGAACUUGAGCUUCGGAUUGGAACCUGUUCUGUUCCAUUCCAAACACUGUUUGUCCAGCCCGAGUGUACAAAAGCGACCCUGCUAGAGGAGCUGGGGCACUGUGGCUCCUCUCCUGCCAGGUGCCUUUCCCCGUGUGCUUGGUUUUCUUUCCGUGGUGUGUUGCCUACUUUGUCUUUCUGUCUCAUGUGAGGUGCUAGUGAGUAUUAAUUAACUUCAUCUGUGCCAUGCUCUUCUAGAACAUUCUCCCACCCUGGAUCCUUGUUUUAAAUAAAUCAAUUCACAUGAAAAACUUCUCAAA